AUGGAUGCAGUAAUGAAUGGCGCAAUAGCUGGAGCUACUACAGUUUUAAUUACAAACCCAUUUGAUCUAGCUAAAACGAGAUUAUAAGCUUAAGGAGAACUAGUUGCUGAAGGUCAUUAUAAGAGAGCAUAUUCUGGUGUGAUAAAUACAUUAAUAAAAACUUCAUCAUCUGAAGGAUUAUUAGCAGUUUAAAAAGGAUUGUAGGCUGCUAUUGUAUUUUAAAUUAUUAUGAACGGUUUACGAUUUGGAAGCUAUGAGAUUGUAAAGGAUAUUGCAAAUUAAUAAUUCCAUUUAUAUAAUUCUCAUGGAUAUGUAAAGGUUUUAUCAAAUAUUGGCAUUUCAGCAGGAGUUGGUUGUUUUAGUGCGUAAUUGAUCUAAUAUUUAAAUUAAGUUUUGUUUCCAGUCCAUUUAAUAUGAUUAAAACUAGAUUAAUGCUUUAAACUAAGGAUCUACCAUGUGGAAAUAGAUAUAAUUAUUCAGGACUUAUUGAUGCAAUUUCAUAAAUAUUUAAAUUGGAAGGGUAAAUUUAAUAGAAGAGUUAAAUAGAUUAAAAGGACUUUAUGCUGGAUCUUCAAUUAUGGCACUUAGAACUGGAUUAGGAUCUGCAAUUUAAUUACCAGUUUUUGAUUUUACUAAAGAACAUGGAAAAUAAUGGAUCAAAAACUAAACUGAAUUAAAUAUGUUAGCUAGUGCUAAUGCUACUUUAUGGUUAUGUUUAAUGACUUGUCCUGUAGAAGUGGCUUUGACUAGAUAUUUUAAUUAAUAAUUUGAUAAAGUAAUCAUUUUUAAAUAUUUUAUUAGUAUGGUAAUCCUACAGUUUAUUAAGGAUGUUUUCAUGCCAUAAAAAUAAUUUUUUAAUCAGAGGGUUUCUUAGGGUUGUACAAAGGACUAGGAGGUUUAUUUUUUAGAUCUGGUCCAUAAUCGUUUAUCUCAUUAUUAAUUGUUAAUCAAUUAAAUAGUCUAAGAAAUUAAAAAAAAUAAUGA